CUUUUCUUUCUGAAAACGUGUAUAUUUUUUGCUUGCGUCAAUUGACCCUGAGCUUUUCAAACCAUCUUUUUACCUGCUAGAUUAUUUUUGGCUCAGACUUUCUUCAAGUUCUUCUGUUGCUCCACCGCCACCAAAUCGCAGGCUGAAAUUGCUCUCUCACCUCCUGGUGUCUUUGCUGUUUUGCUUUUCCUUGUCUGUACAGGGCCUGAAAAGGCUAUGACUAUGACAUAAUGGGGGAUUUUGCUGCCAACUUAAAUGACCUUAGUUAGCCCUUCUACCUUUUGCCUCCCCUUUUGCCUCCUUUUCUCAGAAUCUGUGGAAGGAGGAAGUGUAUUAGUUUUGCUAUUGUGCGUAACAUGUUAUCAGAGAUCUAGUGGCUUAAAAAAGCACGCACGAUCUCAGUUUCUGUGGGUCGGAAGUGUGAUCAUGGCUUCCCUGGGUCCCCUGUGUUAGCUGGGGCUGUAGUCUCAUCUCAAGGUUUGUCUAGGAAAGAGUUCUCUUUCAAGCUCUCCUUGUUGCUGGCAAGACUUAGUUCCUUUUAGUCCAUUGGACUAAGGGCCUCAGUUUCUUACCAGCUCUUGGCCAGAGGCACCCUUAGUUCCUUGCCACAUGGGCCUCCUCAUCGUGGCUCUCUGCUUUAUCAAAGCCAGCAAGAGAGAGUCUCUUAGCAAGGCUAUGUAACAUAAUCACUGACAUGACAUCCUGUCAUUUGCUCCUGGUAGGAAGCAAGUCAAGCACACUCAAGGAGAGGGUAUUCCAUAAAUGCAUGAACACCAGGAGAUGGGGAUAAUCGGUGACCAUGUUAGAGUCUGUCUACACAAGAGAGGAAUGCUUUUGAGGGAAAACACUUUGAGCUCCUUAGAAAAAGACUAUAAAGGCUAUAUUCAUAUUGCUGUCAUGCCUUACCGUUGCCCUUUAUAGAAUAUGGCUAACACCAAAAUAAUAAUGUUUCUCUUUGCCUCUUUCCAUGUCCUAUGGACUAGUGUCAUACUAUUUGUUUUCCUUUUCUGUCAUUAGAAAUCUCAUCAGCCUCUCUGGAUGAGAAAGUCAGCAGGAGAAGAUUGCUGUUGUUGAUCUUGGUUUAACUGGACUGACUCAGCCCUGUGGGCAGCCAAGAAAGGAAAGGUCUUUGCAAAUGCUCUCCAGGUCUUUGUUAGAAAUCCCCCCACCCAGAAGGAGGCAGGUAUGGGACAGGUGUGAUAAUAACCACAAGCAAGAAGCCGGGGUUAUUUACAGCUGAGGCAGUUAAGUAGGUACAAUUUAUUACUUUAAAAAAAUGUCUGCAAGCUUCAUAGCAGUAUCUGCCCACACCUUUAAUUCCAGCUCUUCAAACGCAUUUGGGGGUGGGGGGACAGAAAGUGUGGCGGCACCCUUGGCUUGAUCCACAGUUGUAAAUUGUCUGCACUAAUUAAGACUGAGGGAGAAGCCUACCCACCCUCCACCCCCCACAACACAAACACAAUAGGGUAUCUGUUACAUAUUCAUAUAAAUACAAAAGUUCUCCUUCACUUUGAGGGCGAAUGAUCUUUUAUAUGCUAUAUUGUAUGUAUUAAUAAUGACUAAUGUCUCUUACUUUAGAAUCUCUUUAAAAUAAUAACAUAUACGAAUUUGAAUUGAGGAAUGAGGCAAAUCUGACCCUUCUUGAGGGUAGAGACGCCAGAAAAGAGUGGAGAAAGGUGGGCACGAUGAGAGAGCUGGGUGCCCAAACCCCGAGUCUCAAGCAGGCCAGAUUGGGCAGCUCUAGCGAGACUCGGCUUCCCUCGAGGGGCAGGAGAGGCCUCGCGGGGAGCGGAGUAGUUAGGGGUGCGCUAAGCGGGCUCAAAGUCGGGGCUCCACACCUCGGGAGGGGCGCUAGGACCCAGGCACCGGCCGGCCUCGGGACGUGCCUGGGGAGUGAAGCCUCUAAGAGGCUCAGGCUCCCGGCCAGAGUCCCUCGGAACGACCAGACCCUUGCCGUUGGCGCGGGGCGCGGGGUGCGGCAGCCCCGUGCCCGCUGCAGGCAUGGAGCAGACGCGCUGCCGGCCGAGCGCCCGCCAGGUCUCGUCUGCGGAGGUGCGCAUUGGGCCCAUGAGACUGACGCAGGAUCCUAUUCAGGUUUUGCUGAUCUUUGCAAAGGAAGAUAGUCAGAGUGAUGGAUUCUGGUGGGCCUGUGACAGAGCUGGUUAUAGAUGCAAUAUUGCUCGGACUCCAGAGUCAGCCCUUGAAUGCUUUCUAGAUAAACAUCAUGAAAUUAUCGUAAUAGAUCACAGACAGACUCGAAACUUUGAUGCAGAGGCGGUGUGCAGGUCGAUCCGGGCCACAAAUCCUUCCGAGCACACGGUGAUCCUUGCGGUGGUUUCACAAGCAUCGGGUGACCGUGAAGAGGCCUCAGUCCUCCCUCUCCUGCAUGCAGGCUUCAACAGGAGAUUUAUGGAGAAUAGCAGCAUAAUUGCUUGCUAUAAUGAACUGAUUCAAAUAGAACACGGGGAAGUUCGCUCACAGUUCAAACUACGGGCCUGUAAUUCAGUGUUUACGGCAUUAGACCACUGUCAUGAAGCCAUAGAAAUUACAAGCGAUGACCAUGUGAUUCAGUACGUCAACCCAGCCUUUGAAAGGAUGAUGGGCUACCACAAAGGCGAGCUGCUGGGGAAAGAGCUCGCCGAGCUGCCCAAAAGUGAUAAGAACCGGGCCGACCUUCUCGACACCAUCAACACAUGCAUCAAGAAGGGCAAGGAGUGGCAGGGGGUUUACUAUGCCAGACGGAAAUCCGGGGACAGCAUCCAACAGCACGUGAAGAUCACCCCGGUGAUUGGCCAAGGAGGGAAAAUUAGGCAUUUUGUCUCCCUCAAGAAACUGUGUUGUACCACUGACAAUAAUAAGCAGCUUCACAAGCUUCAUCGUGAUUCAGGAGACAAUUCUCAGACAGAGUCUCAUUCACUCAGAUACAAGAACAGAAGGAAAGAGUCCAUUGAUGUGAAAUCGAUAUCCUCUCGAGGCAGUGAUGCACCAAGCCUACAGAACCGUCGCUAUCCAUCCAUGGCAAGGAUCCAUUCCAUGACCAUUGAGGCUCCCAUCACAAAGGUUAUAAAUAUAAUCAAUGCGGCCCAAGAGAACAGCCCCGUCACAGUAGCAGAAGCCUUGGACAGAGUUUUAGAAAUUUUACGGACCACAGAACUGUAUUCCCCCCAGCUGGGUACCAAAGAUGAAGAUCCCCACACCAGCGAUCUUGUUGGAGGCCUGAUGACUGAUGGCUUGAGAAGGUUGUCAGGAAACGAGUAUGUGUUCACUAAGAAUGUGCACCAGAGUCACAGUCACCUUGCGAUGCCAAUAACCAUCAACGAUGUCCCCCCUUGUAUCGCUCAAUUACUUGAUAAUGAGGAAAGUUGGGAGUUCAACAUCUUUGAAUUGGAAGCUGUUACACAUAAAAGGCCAUUGGUUUACCUGGGCUUAAAGGUAUUUUCUCGGUUUGGAGUAUGUGAAUUUUUACACUGCUCUGAAACUACUCUUCGGGCCUGGCUCCAAGUGAUUGAAGCCAACUACCACUCCUCCAAUGCCUACCAUAACUCCACCCAUGCCGCUGAUGUCCUGCAUGCCACUGCUUUCUUCCUCGGAAAGGAACGAGUGAAGGGAAGCCUCGAUCAGCUGGAUGAGGUGGCAGCGCUGAUUGCUGCCACAGUCCACGAUGUGGAUCACCCGGGGAGGACCAACUCGUUCCUGUGCAAUGCAGGCAGUGAACUGGCUGUGCUCUAUAACGACACUGCUGUCUUGGAGAGUCACCAUACCGCCCUGGCUUUCCAGCUCACAGUCAAGGACAGCAAAUGCAACAUUUUCAAGAAUAUUGACAGGAACCAUUAUCGAACACUGCGCCAGGCUAUUAUUGACAUGGUGUUAGCAACAGAGAUGACCAAACACUUCGAACACGUGAACAAAUUUGUGAACAGCAUCAACAAGCCAAUGGCAGCUGAGAGUGAGGGCAGCGACUGUGAAUGCAACCCUACUGGGAAGAACUUUCCUGAAAACCAAAUCCUGAUCAAACGUAUGAUGAUAAAGUGUGCUGAUGUAGCCAACCCAUGUCGCCCCCUGGACCUGUGCAUCGAAUGGGCUGGGAGGAUCUCGGAGGAGUAUUUCGCACAGACUGAUGAAGAGAAGAGACAGGGGCUCCCUGUGGUGAUGCCAGUGUUUGACCGGAAUACCUGCAGCAUCCCCAAAUCCCAAAUCUCCUUCAUUGACUACUUCAUAACAGACAUGUUUGAUGCUUGGGAUGCCUUUGCCCAUCUGCCAGCCCUGAUGCAACAUUUGGCUGAUAACUACAAACACUGGAAGACAUUAGAUGACCUCAAGUGCAAAAGUCUGAGGCUUCCAUCUGACAGCUAAAGCCAAGACAGAGAAGGGGACCUCGUGAUCUGCGAAGUGCACUGUGAAUCACAGUCAUGUAAAUAAGAGGCAUUCCUUACUAGUGAAAAGGACAGGUGUAGGUUAAGGAGCUGGUGUUUAAUACUGGACUUGGAAUCAUUCAAGUCCCCAAACUGCAUUUUUAGAGUUACAUUCCAUGAAGAAAAAUACAUGUUCUUUUGAACACUUAGUGACAGAACAAACACAUGGCAAAAUCCUUUGUCCUGUUGUCAUCCUGUGUGUCCUCAUCAAACCAUAGAGCUCAUUUACUAUAACCAGCAGGACACAAGCAGCAAAGGCCUGGUGCCCGUGAGCCCAUCUUGCUGGAUGACAAAGUAGCUUAGCUCGUGUUCAGCUCGUCUCUUACCAUAAAAGUCACUGUCACUGUUUGUUUAGCUUGACUAUUUUCCUCAGUCUGAAGGGUUCAUAAUACCUAAGGAAAAAAAAACUAUACAAAAAAUGAGCAAAACUAGGACCAAAUUACUGAUAAACUAGUUAGUUUUACCACCUCGAUGGCUAAGCAGUUCCUUUGCUCAGUGGUGUGACACCCAAGGUAGCCCACAGCCUCGGCCCGGUGAGUGCCUGCUGUCGACUGGCAGCAGCAGCCCUCUUUCCCAGAAAAGGAAUUCAUCUUAACAGAAAGCCCUUCAUGAUGGGGACAGGGAAUGACACCUUGCUUGGGGGGAAUCCAAGAGCUUCCCUUACUUCUGGUUUACAGAGGCAGUCACAAGGCAUUACAGUGAGUACAUAAAAGCCAUUAAAUUUGAAUGCCCUUGGAUAAGCUUUUUUUAAAGAAAAUUUAUAUACAUUUGCUGCUUAAAAUUUGUAUUAAAGCACUCUAAAUUUACUGGGUAUAAGUCCAUGGGGUAGGCUGUGCGGUGUACCAUCUAUACGUACAUACUUGGGGAGGGAUGGGAAAGUUUCAAGGUUCAGAUGUUUUUAACCUAUCUAUAUUUGAGACCUUGCCAUUUUGCUUUAAUGAUGUAAAAAAGACAAGACCGCAAGAUGUGUAAAUAGAUCAGAAAAUAGGCGUAAGGCGAAGCAGUAAAUACUAUUUUAUGCUCUUAAUUGUAUGCUAAAAGCUUCUGAAGCACAAGUGCAUAUUUUUAUACAGCUCUUUUGAAAACUUUCUGUGAUCUACAUAAAGUCAGACUUGAGAUUUUCCUUUCUCUUUUACCAAACAACCCUUCUCUAUGUAUUGUAAAUAUCAGAAACUCAGUAAACAAAGUAUCUUCGUUUUCCUUUUCAAAUCCUCUGUACUCCAUGCUGCAUUUUUAAGAGGUAUAAACAGAGGCUGAAUUAGUUGAAUAGUACUUUUUUCAAACGAAAAUUGGAAUGCAGAACACUUGAAACCAGUAUAUGGGAAGGAGAAAAUGACUUAUCACUACAUAAUGUGCCAAUGUUUUUUUCUAUGUUUUGUACCAAAAAAUGAAAUCAUAUAUGACAAUUCCAUGCAAAGAAAUGUAUCUAAAUUAUUUUUGCUAGAAAAGCGAAUGUGCUUGGUCAGGACAGCAGCUCGCUUUGUGUUGUAAUGCUGCAUUAUGUAAAUGUGAUGAAAAUGUUUUUGUGAAGUACUUGUAACUAAAUUCCUACAGCCAUUUUUCAUUCCCAACAGCUGUUUUUAUUUUAUCCCU